UAACACUGCUAGUACUCUGUAAAGUUUGCCCGUGUUUGGACCAUUAUCAGAAAAAAGAAAUGAUGACAAUAAUCAUCACGGACCAAUACGAAGAAUCCGAAAUCCGAGAUGGAGUCGGACAGUAGCAGGGUAGGGCACACCACUGCCCUGGCCCCCCCAAAUGUGCAGGAAGGGAAAACCGGCCACUCAUUCAGGCCAGUGGAUUGCAGCGAGCGAAACCGGUGGGCUCUGCCUCAUAUCGCGGCGUCGCCAUCAGCUUGCGUCUUUUGCCUAGUCGGGCGACCAUGGAUUGCCGCCUAUUUAUAGCAGCUUCUCUUCUCCUCGCUUAGCUUACCUCCACAAUCACACUGAGCUAACCUCCAUUUCCACCAUCUCCGAGCUUCUUGUUGUUGUUGUUGUUGGUUUGGUUUGCGAGUCUGCAACCAAUGGACGCGUCUCCGAGCUCCUCGUCGUCGUCUCCUGUGGCGCCGGAGGUGGUGCAAUGGGCCGGCGGCGCCGACGGCUUUGGCUCGGCGGCGAUCGGCUUCGCGUGCAGGGUGCUCUGCGCCGUCGCCACCUGCGUCUUCGCCGCAGUGGGGUCGGUGGUCGGGGCGGUGACCGGGAGCGCGAUCGGGCUGGCGACGGAGAGCGGAAUGCUGCGCGGCGCCGGCAUCGGCGCCAUCUCCGGCGCCGUCUUCUCCAUCGAGGUCGCCGAGUCGUCGCGCGACCUCUGGCACUCCAGCGACUCCGCCGUCUGGUGCCUCGUCUACAUGGUCGACAUCAUCUCCAGCCUCCUGAGUGGAAGGCUGGUGCGGGAGAAGGUGGGUCCCGCGGUUCAGAGCGCGGUUCAGAGUCAGAUAAGCGCCAUCAGCUCGCCGUUCGCCGAGACCAGCGACCUGUUCGAGACCGGCGGCACCAAGGGUUUACCGGCGGACACGCUCCGCCGGCUGCCGGCGAUCAAGAUCACCGGCGACAACGCCGUCGACUCCGCCGGCGAGCCCAUCUGCUGCUCCGUGUGCCUCCAGGAUUUCCGCGUAGGUGAGAUGGCAAGAAGGCUACCAAGCUGCCGGCACGUGUUUCACGUGCCGUGCAUCGACUGCUGGCUGGUGAGGCACGGCUCCUGCCCGCUGUGCCGGCGAGACAUCUGAUCGAUCGUGAUCAAAAUCUCGCAUCUGAUGAACGAUCAGUUCAUGUCAUCGUACUCCGAAUCGGACACGGCGAUGAAUGGUGGAUCGAGUUCGUGGUACAUAGGUUGUGUGUAGUAGAGUAGAACGAACUACUGCAUCCUGAUAUCCGUAAGGGGAAUGGGUGUGAGCAAGUGAUUGCAAUCUCGUGAAGAUGGAGAGAGAAUGAGACCUUCCAAAAAAAAAUCUUUUUUACUGUCCUUGAGUAGUUACCGGAAGGGAAUAUUGUACCGUGGUAUCUCUGUUGCGUUGAGGUAUCGGAAUGUAUUGUAAAUUUACAGUAAAAAUCGUUGUAACUUUAGGUAUCUUUUCAAGAAUACUGGAGGCGAAAAAAUGGCAUGUGUGUAGCAAUCACUUUGAUGAGAUGAAUGAACUGGCAGAAACUGUGGAUAAGGAAAAGAGGA